AGAAACAAAACCCAAAAGCUAUCAAAAGAGAAAUUAAUUCCAUAAUAAUGAAAUUAUACUUGGAUUUAUCGGCUUUGGUUCUUGCUCUUCUGCUUGGGAUCUAUGUUUUCCUGUUUGGUUUUCUGAAGAAAAUAAAUGAGUGGCGCCAUGUUAGCAGCUUGGGAGAGAAGAAACAUUCUCUUCCUCCAGGCGAUAUGGGAUGGCCUAUCAUCGGCAACAUGUGGUCUUUCCUCAAAGCUUUCAGAUCAAACGACCCUGACACUUUCAUCUACAACUUCGUUCAAAGGUAUGGCCGAACGGGUAUUUACAAGACCUACUUAUUUGGAAGUCCAAGCAUCAUAGUUUCUAUUCCAGAAACCUGUAGGAAAGUGUCUGCAGAUGAUGAGCAAUUCAGACUCGGCUAUCCAAUUUCCACGAAGCAAUUAACCGGGAAAAAAUCGUUUCACAGCAUCCCGAAUUCAGAACACAAGCGUCUUCGCAGGCUAACAACGGCUCCGAUCAACGGCCAUGAGGCACUGUCCAUGUAUAUUGGACAUAUUGAGGAGAUCGUGGUUAAUUCCUUGGAGGAAUGGUCCACCAUGAAAGAGCCGAUUGAGCUGUUGAACGAGAUAAGGAAGUUUACUUUCAAGGUGAUUACACACAUCUUCGUUGGGUCCAGUGCUGAAUCAAUCAUGGGGUCAGUUGAGGAGCUUUAUACUGAUUUGAACCAUGGAAUGAAAUCUGCCGCAAUUAAUUUUCCUGGCUUCGCUUUCCACAAAGCUCUCAAGGCAAGGAAAAUGUUGAUUAAGAUCCUACAGGAAGUCCUUGAUGAGAGGAGAGUGGAGAGUGAAGUUAUUGAGCCGAAUGUAAAGAGAGGAAUGAUUGAUUUACUGAUGGAAAUCGAAGACGAGAAUGGCCACAAAUUACCCGAUGAGGAUAUAAUCGAUUUACUGCUCAUGUUCUUGUUAGCUGGUCAUGAAAGCUCAGCUCAUGUGGCUAUGUGGGCAAUCCUUUAUCUUCAUAACCAUCCACAAAUACUGAAGAUGGCCAAGGAAGAGCAAGAAGAAAUCUUGAAGAAGAGACAAAGUGUGGGGAAGGGUUUGACUCUAAAAGAUGUAAGACAAAUGAAUUAUCUUCAAAAGGUAAUUGAUGAGACACUGAGAAGGGCAAGUGUCUCUUUUUGCAACUUCAGGGAGGCAAAAGUUGAUGUUAACAUCAAUGGCUAUUUAAUACCAAAAGGUUGGAAGGUUCUGCUUUGGAAUAGAGGUGUUCACAUGGACCCUGAAGUUUAUCCAAACCCAAAAGAGUUCUUCCCUGAAAGAUGGGGGAACCACAAACCCAGGCCAGGAUCAUUCCUUCCAUUUGGAGCAGGAAGCAGGAUUUGCCCCGGAGCUGAUCUAGCCAAGCUUGAGAUCUCCAUUUUCCUUCAUUAUUUUUUACUUGACUACACGCUUGAACAAAUCAAUCCAGCAGGACCCAAUGUGUAUUUGCCUCUCCCAAGGCCUGUGGACAACUGUCUGGCGAAAGUCGUGAAGAUCGAAUGAUCGACCACUAUGCGAACGAUCUUCAUGUUUAUCUUAUUUUCCUCCAGUUCUGUUUAACUCAGCUCCACUAGUAGCCUUUUGUUAGGAAAAUAUCCAACCUGCUGUGUUGUAAAAUAUAUAAAUAUUCAGCCUUUUGUUCAACCCAUGUACCAGUUGAAU